CUUCCGGGGUCCAGGAGAGCAUGCGCAGUGGAGAACAACCAAACUACUCUGAAAACAUCAACUUUUAACAUCUUUUUGGUUAACUGAAAAAUUUCCAUACAAGAAACAUUUCAACGCAUUUUACCUCAUAAUGGAUAAAAAGUUUAAUUCUGCAUAUCUGCUUUCACUUUAUUGCGUUCAUAAUUUUAAUGGGUGGGCUACUUGUGUUACUGAAAAUACAACUAAGUUGGUGAAUGAAAGCAAAAAAAAUUUCAAAAUUAUAGUUUUUGAUUAAUAAACCAUCUAAAUAUUCGUAUGUAAAAAUCGCUUUUAAUAAUUUAUUUUAAAAGAGGAAGAAAAGAAAUUUAAAAAUAAAUAACGGCCAAGUGUGCUUUGUACGCAUGCGCCAAACCUUCAUGACGCGUUGACGUCAUAUCGCAGUGUAAACAGCCGUUAGGACAUUUAAAGAGCCGCUGCGAAGCCUUCCUGUAGUUCAGGUAACAUAGUCACUUAUUUUUUUGAAAAGUAAAUGGUCAACAUGUUUUUAUGAACUCUGAUAGAAAGUUUCAUAAUUAUUGUCCCAGUUUAUCUGGGAUUAAGAGCCUGAAACAGUUCAUGAGGAACUCCGGGGAAUAGAGGAAAUGUGGCCGAAAAAUGUCAAAUAUUCUGUCAAUGAUGGACAACAAAGUCUGUGUGCUCACAAACCCACUGCUGACAAAAACGAACCGGGUCUAAUAUUCUGAAGGGACGUUGUGGUCCAAAGAGAAACACCUGCAGGGCUGGUCUGAAGUCCGGAGGGGCCCUGGGCUCACUGUAACCCCCUAACCCCCAGUUUUAUCCUUUUCAAGUUUAUGUGUUUGUAUUGACUUGUUUAUUUAUAUUUAUAUCGACUUAUUUGGGCUGGCCCAGGGCCAGUCCAGGGCCAGUCCAGGGCCAGUCCAGGGCCAGUCCAGGGCCAGUCCAGGGCCAGUCCAGGGCCAGUCCAGGGCCAGUCCAGGGCCAGUCCAGGGCCACAGGAGUCAUCCAAUCAGCAUGGACUUUCCUCAGCAUGGCGUGGUUUGGCAUAGACUAAGUAGGUGUGAUGGUGAGCAAUAUUAGCAUAACCAGGGUAAUUAUUUAACCUUUUGCCCCAGAAAAGUUCUCAGAGUGGGUUUCUCUUUAAAUAAGGUAAGCUUCAUAUUGUGUCUUGUUUCAUUUCAUAAGUGUGAUUGUACAGAAACGCGUUGCUACAGAAACGCUUUGCUACAGAAACGCGUUGCUACAGAAACGCGUUGCUACAGAAACGCGUUGCUACAGAAACGCGUUGCUACAGAAACGCGUUGCUACAGAAACAGCUUUAAAUGUAUAUUUGUGUUUUCUUCUUCUUCUUUGUAAUUUCUGGGUUUUGUUCAGCUGGUUUCCUGUCAGAUUAUUUCACUAAAAAUGAAACCAUCUUUACUUCCAAGGGAAGCUUCCUGUUUUUGGAGGAAGAUUUUUCUCGCUCCUCUGGACCUGAGCAGUGGUUCUGGUUCUGGUUCUGCUCCAGGCUCAGCUCCCCUCCAGCUGUUGUUUCUGCUCUGUGAGCGAAGAGCCGGCCUGACGUCCCUGGAACCUUGCGGCUCCCAGAACUUCGCAGAGACUCUUCCCACGGAGAUGAGCGUGAGGAUUUUCAGAGAGCUGGACGCAGAAAGCCUGUGCCGAGCCUCGAGGACAUGCAAACUGUGGCGCUCCAUCAUCGAUGACAACGAGCAGCUGUGGAGGCAGCAGUGCAUGCUGGUCCGGGCCGUGUGUCGCCGGGAGGUGGACAGCGACCGCAGCGACGGCCUCUCCUGGAAGGUGACCCUGCUGAGGAACUACAGCCGCAGCCGGGUGAAGGCGGCCUGGCUAGCCGGCCGCUACAGCGGCGUUCGCUCUGCAGAUGAGCUGCUGGGCAGCAAGAUGGCGCCGCUGGACGCAGAGACCUGGGGGGAGAUCCUGCAGGCGGAGCUCGACAGAUGAUAGAGACGAUGAUGACGCACUUCUCCCUGAUUUUGAUUCUAACAUGUUUUUUUCUCUGAGUUCACUUUAAUGCAACACAGAUGACUGUAUGUACAUAUUUAAUGAUUUUAAAGAAAUCUGAUCAUGGUGGAUGAAUUUGGUGUAAAUAUAUGUGAGCUGGAAGUUCUGUUUACAGUCCACUUCCUGUUUCCUGUCUGAGAUCUGAGUGAUGUUAGUGGGACAUCAGACGGCAGAACCAGCUGGUCCGGAUCGGAACGCCCCCUGGCGGCCGGUCUGGACAUGGCAGCAUCAUUCCUCCAUGUCUGAUCCUGCUGGGUUCUGAUUGGUUCCUGAAUGAAACAGCCAAUCAUCAUGCAU